AUGAAACAAGAAAUGCGUUAUUAUUAUGCAUUCAGAGAAGACACCACGUCAUGUAGAGCAAAAAAAAGCGCGGUAAAAACUCUGGAUUAUUUGAUCCACAGAUCACACAGAUCAAUGAUUUUUCAUAUCACGUAUCGGCGUGUGCUAUAUUCCAACUUUUUCGAAUUGUUUGCCUUAUUUUUUUUUUAUACGCAGUUCAUUACCAUAAAAUCUCACUACUAAAAACACUAUAAUUUCAAUUUCAACAAACAAAUUGAAAUUGAGUUUCAGCUUAGAAAAAAGUUUGCUGGGUAAAAAGUAUAGGUAUAAUCUCUCAGAUUGAAAGUUUUCGUAGUUUUAGAUUGUAUAUUUUUCCCCAUCUGAAAUUGAACGUUUUUUAUUUAACGUCCAAUGCAACUUUUCGGGAUGAGAUUUUGCAGAAUAACUUAAUUAUAACCUUUCAAUGUGAUUCAACGUUACAAGCCAAGGGGUUGAUUCACCCUCUCGCGACCCACCAAGAACAGGAUCAUACGUCAUCAACCAUUCAAUUUACAAUCUUAACCAACAUCGCAGAGGUUAACCCUCUCUUUCUUCCAUCUUCCUAACAUUGAAUCCCACGCUUGUCCACGACUCGAGACGUCGCCGACGCGACGACGACACCGAGGUGUGCACGCGGAUCCCCACCUCUCGCUACGGAUGACCUCCCUGUGGUUGCGUUCGAACUGCUUCGCAGGGAUAAAUAUACACUUGGCAUCGGCCACGAGGCUUUUAGCGACGCCAGAACGAAAACGGCCGCUCGUCAACAAUCGUCGUCGCGUCUCAUCGUGCAUCGUCCAUAGCCGCGAGAUCCAUAUGCCUGCUGCUCGAUCCAAGAUCGAACGGCGUCACAACGGAGAGGCGACGCUCGAUCACCGGGGGACAAAAGGACUCAUAAUGUUCGCUUGGAUACUUUUCGGCUUACUCUCCCUGGUCUCCGGCCAGUUAGAUCUACCACCGCUAAACGAAGAUUCCCGUAACAAUUUCGGGAGACGACUUCCACCCACGGAAGCACAGUUGCAAGAUAUUUUAGCCAGAUUAGAUUUCCUUGGUACCGAAAGAUGCAGUGCCAAUGUGGCAGGACAGUGGGCCUACGAAACGGACGUGAACGAGUACACGCAGCUACAGGCGCUGGAAGCUCAGAGGAUAUACGCAGACUUUCAAAAUCAGGCCUGGUUCUUGAUUUCGAGGAUCGACAAAGAUAAUAUUAGGGAUCCUGGGAUCAGAAGACGUCUCAGAUAUUUAUCUGUGAUAUAUCGCAAAUUAUGGCGAGAAGCCGCAAUUGGGACGAAUUGCAAUAUAUUUGGGCGGAAUGGAGAAGACGAAGUGGAAUGAGAAUCAAGGAUCUUUAUCAACAACUCGUUACGUUAAACAAUGAAGCAGCUAGGCUAAACAAUUUCACCGAUGCAGCCGAAUAUUGGAUGUUCCCCUAUGAGUCUCCUAAUCUGCAACAAGACAUCGAGGAAGUUUGGGAAAUGAUACGUCCUCUUUACGAAGAGUUACACGCGUACAUUCGAAGGAAAUUGAGGGAUUUGUAUGGACCAGAGAAGAUCGGCACUCAUGCUCCUCUUCCAGCUCAUAUUCUUGGGUUACACACCUAUUGAGAUGUUCAGGAUCGCGGAGGAAUUUUAUCUGUCCUUGAACCUGAGCGCGAUGCCGCCGGAAUUCUGGGCCGGAAGUAUAAUCGUGGACCCUGGGGAUCGGCCCUUGAUCUGCCAGGCUUCCGCUUGGGACUUUUGCAAUCGUUUAGACUACAGAAUUAAAAUGUGCACCAAGAUCACAAUGAAGGAUUUAAUCACGGUGCAUCACGAGAUGGCUCACAUUCAAUAUUUUUUACGCUACAGUGGAUUGCCUCGUGAAUUCAGAGACGGCGCCAAUCCAGGAUUCCACGAGGCUGUGGGUGAAGCCGUAGCCCUCAGCAUAGGCACUCCUCGUCACCUUCAAACUCUUGGCUUGGGAAGCAAGUACAUCGACGAGCCUACAGCGGAUAUAAAUUACCUGUUCUCUCUGGCGAUGGAUAAAUUAGUGAUGCUGCCGUUUAGUAUCGCGAUGGACAGGUGGCGGUGGGACGUCUUCCGUGGUUACAUCAGCCGGGAAGAGUACAACUGUCACUGGCAUCGAUUGAUGGAACAAUACGCUGGAAUCAAGCCGCCUGUUCUGAGGACCGAGGACGACUUUGAUCCUGGUGCCAAGUAUCACAUCCCGGCGAACAUUCCUUACAUU